GGGAAAACAGGAAUGCCUGGUCCGGCGGGAGGGUGGCGGGACGCGGCGGGCGCUGCAGAUGAUGCCAUGGACGGGGGGGCCCAGCAGAGCGGCCUCCGGGAGCCCCCCGGGGUGGGCGGCACGGAGCAGGAGGGGGACGCGGGCGAGGGGCCGCCCGCCGCCGACCUCAGGCGCUCGCAGCCCCUCUUCAUCCACGGCAGCAGCAGGCCGCCGGCGGAGGAGGAGCCGCGCGCCUCGUCGCUGCCCUGCAUCCCCAACCCCUUCCCCGAGCUCUGCAGCCCCUCCAACUCGCCCAUCCUCAGCAGCCUCCCCGGCGGGCAGGGACCCCCCCGCGAAGGCACCUGCCACCUGGUGAAGGUGUUCAGCGAGGACGGAUCCUGCCGCUCGCUGGAGGUGUCGGCGGGCACCACGGCGCGGCAGCUCUGCGAGAUGCUGGUGCAGAGGACGCACGCGCUGCACGACCACAGCUGGGCCCUGGUGGAGCUGCACCAGCACCUGGCCCUGGAGCGCUGCCUGGAGGACCACGAGUCGGUGGUGGAGGUGCAGAGCGCGUGGCCCCUCGGCGCCGACAGCCGCUUCGUCUUCCGCAAGAACUUUGCCAAGUACGAGCUCUUCAAGAGCAACGCGCAGUCGCUCUUCCCCGAGGUGAUGGUGUCCAGCUGCCUGGAGGCGAACAAGAGCAUGGCGCACUCGGAGCUCAUCCAGAACUUCCUGAACUCCGGGAGCUGCCCCGAGGUCCAGGGCUUCCUGCAGCUGCGUGAGGCCGGCCGCAAGGUCUGGAAGCGGUUCUACUUCUCCCUGCGCCGCUCGGGGCUCUACUACUCCACCAAGGGCACGUCCAAGGACCCCCGGCACCUGCAGUACUUCGCCGACCUCACCGAGUCCAACAUCUACUACGUGACGCAGGGCAAGAAGCACUACGGGACGCCCACCGAGUUCGGCUUCUGCAUCAAGCCCUACAAGGUGCGCAGCGGCACGAAGGGCCUGAAGCUGCUCUGCAGCGAGGACGAGCAGAGCAGGACCUGCUGGAUGGCGGCUUUCCGCCUCUUCAAGUACGGCAUGCAGCUCUACCGUAACUACCAGCAAGCGCAAGCCCGGCUGAGCCAGCCCCCCUGGAUCGGCCCCACGGCCCUGCGGAGCGUGUCGGACAACGCGCUGGUGGCCAUGGACUUCUCGGGGUGCACGGGGCGGGUGAUCGAGAACCCCAGCGAGGUGCUGACGGCGGCGCUGGAGGAGGCACAGGCCUGGAGGAAGAAGACGACGCACCGCUACAGCCUGCCGGCUGCCUGCCAGACCUCCCCGCUCAGCGCCGGUGAGCAGCGCCCGCCACGGGCCUCAGAAUGGGGACCCCCCCCCCCCCCUGGGGCCCCCGAGGGUUAUAGGGUCCCACAGCUCAUAUAG